AUGAGAGACUUUGUGUCAUCAUGGAUGUUCAUCGCGACCUGGGACAGAAUGGCUUUCUACGGUGCUAAAAUUACCUCCAUCAUGAAUUCCUUCCAAGUUGUGAUGGUGACGGACGGUCGCUUUUCCUUCGCCAUCUUUAAUUACGGUGAUAUCAACUGGACAACAGGAACUGACAAUGGUGGUGAUGCUAAUACUGGUCUUGGUGGCACCCCUGCUCAGGUUGGAUUCAACGCUGGUGACGGUGUGACUUUUUACAGCGUCCCUGGAUCUCAGACAGCGGCCAUCGUCGAUAUCGAAACGACAUCGAAUAUCGGUGUACCUGGAAGAUGGGUGUUCAGAACGGACAACUCCAACAUCGAAGGACUAGAGUGUACAACCUCCGGUGCGUUUACAACCUUUACCAUUCUUGCACUCGCUGACGCAAUCAAUCUUACAAGGGGUUACUGA